AUGUCGACGGCUGCGGAAAAGGCAAACCUUGCGCGCAUACGAGACAACCAAAGACGAUCCCGCGCUCGGAGAAAAGAGUACCUUCAAGAGCUCGAGGCACGAUUGCGCCAAUGUGAGCUCCAAGGCAUUGAAGCAUCCUCUGAAAUUCAGUUGGCAGCAAGGAGAGUAGCAGAUGAGAACAAGAAAUUACGAAGUCUGCUAGCACAACAUGGAGUAGGAAAUGAAAUGGUGGAAACAUAUCUACAAAUGAAUUCCGAAGAUUUAAUGAUAUCGGCGCAAUAUGGGAGUGAGAGUCCUUCGGUACAACAGUUAGAACAAUUACUUCAGGCGAGGAAAUUAUGUUGUGCAGAUGGAAGUAUAGGCCCAACGAGUACAACAACGAUGGGGCAGACGAUUCAAAGUCGAGAGAGUUCUUACAGUGGAAAUACUGUCCAUUCGGUAUGGGAUCCAGUACAGCCCUCACGGAGUAUGAGCGUAGGGCAGACACCAACAUCGACCGGCAAAGCAUUUUCACAGGCGCAACAGUUUAUGAGUCCAAGAAGAAGUAGCGCGGCAAGUCGACACAGUAGUAUCAGUCAAAAUCAUAGCACGGCUGGAACUGUUCACACUCGACAACAACAGCAACAGCAACAAAGAUUCAAUAUGACACCAAUAUCACUACCAAACUCACAACAGCAGAACACACCAUCGAGUCUCUCCAUCCAAUCUCCGCAAAUCUACGAAUUCGAGUCGCAAUAUAUAUCAAACCAAUCUUACAAUACACUUUCCCCACAGACCCCUCAAAUGCAUUCCCAUCUACAAUCCCACACAAAUUCGAAUCCCAAUUCUCGUUCAUCAGUCUCAUCUCAUCAAAUCUCACCCCCAAUAUCAUCAACAUACACGAAUACACCUUCCGAGAACAACGGAACCAACCUGAACAGUUGCGUAUUUGCAACCGAUAUGAUAACGACCAUGGCCGGCGGCGACCCCGCCGUAGUUCGCGCUGAAUUGGGCUGCGUGCCCGGUAUGGAUUGUAAUGUAGACAACCAGUUAGUCUUCCAUGUAAUGGACCGAUAUACCGAAAAUGGAGUAGGCUUAUGA